ACAGAUCGAUCUUCAGAAAUGGCAGCCUUGAAGAAAAUUGUGGUCUUACAGGCAGCACUGCUAGUCCUUGCAGUAUUAGUUGUGUCUGCAAAAGCUGAUAGGUUGGAUUUCUUCAAGCUUCUCACUACCAACAAUCAAAAAUCUGUGGAUGGUUACAAAAGACCAGAUAUUCCAGCGUGCUGUGAUAACUGCUUAUGCACGAAGAGCGACCCACCGCAGUGCAGAUGCACUGACAUCUUUAUCGGCAACGAGCGGUGCGAGAACUGCAAAAAAUGCAUAUGCACUUUCAGCUUACCACCGCUGUGUCAGUGCCUUGAUAUCAAGGACUACUGCGAUCCACCAUGCUCAUCCUCCUCCUCCACCGCUCAGGUCAUCAAACAAGUGUCUGCCUGAUCCACAUGAUAUCAGAGACUAAUAAACCCACCGUUAUUAUAUGUAUAUAUGUUAUGUAUCAUGCUACAUGAUCAUGUGCUCCAUGAUCUACUAGCUAGUGUUUAUUUUCUUCAAUUUGCCUCAAUGGCUGGGUGGUGUUGAGGCUUUAAUUUUCUAUAUAUAAAAAAUAAAUGCACGUGUGAAGAUUAAUAAAAAUUAAUUAAU